AUGCCAUAUACUGGCCGCCGUAAACAACACAUUAUGCGCAUGGUGAAAAGUAGAAUGCAUCGCGCUGCUUUAAGAAAGCAGAAUGAAUCUCUCCUUUGUGAAACCAACAAUAAUAUACAAGACGUUAAUCUUGAAAACGAAACUUCCAUUUGUGAAACCAACAUUAAUGUUCAAGACGUUAAUCUUGAAAACAAAGCUCCCAUUUGUGAAUCCAGCAUUGAAGUUCAAGGCGUUAAUCUUGAAAACGAAAGUUCGACUGUACUUCAACCUGACAUUUCGCUUCAAUGGAAAGAGGGUGCUGGAAAGAAGAUUCGUAGAGUCUAUAGAAAAGAUUCAGCAACAACUUUGUGGAGAAGGCGUAAGGCUGCAAUUAAUUCUGCUCAGAAUGCAGAGAAGAUCCACAAACUCGAAGAUUUAGGGUUUUAUCAAGUUCCUCAGACGACUUCGACGGUUGAGAAUAUUACAAUUCCUAGUUCCUCUCAAAGAGAAGAACAUCUCCCAUCUAAUUCAUGCAUAACCAUGUAUGAAAUGAUGAAGCAUCAGGCCGUAAAGACCUACCUUCUUCAAAGAAUUCAGGGUCUUAAGAAAGUAGAAGCUUCAACGAAAGAAAUGGAGAUUGUGUAUGGCCAAAAAAACACUUACCUUCCACUAGUCAUUCGAAAGUGGGCAAAAGAGUAUAUUUAUACCGGGUUUAUCUCUCCUCGCCAGCAAGGCAAACACGCAAGAGAACCUUUUUUGCUCGCAGACGAAGGGAUUGCGAAUGCAGUGUCAAACUGGAUCCGGAAACAAGAAGUUGAGAAUAUAACAACCCCGAAUGUAAAAGAGUACAUUGAUCACACUCUUUUCCCUGAAAAGUUUGGAGUAUCCGGAAAUGUGUCUUUGUCUAGUAUAAAUAGAUACAUGAAGAGCUGGGGAUUCACCUUUAAGAAAACAGUUGGCGCAGUUUAUGUCAACAACCAUGAAAGCAAUAAUACUGUUGAAUAUUGA